AUAAACUAGUGGUGCAUACAAUAGUAGCUAUUGGUGUACGUAUACACACAUUGGUCGAGACUGUUCGUGCGUCAAUCGGUUUUUAACAAAUAACCGUACGAUAACGUCGUAACCUCUGUUAUCGCCGUAUCCCGGAACGUCUGCGGACCACGAGCGCUGGGAUACGUUAGGUAAUAACGACUCAUACUGUUCGGUGCAUUUACUACUCUCUAUAUAAACCUCCGACCAGCUUCGUACAUGUCAUUUCUCAUUACACUUUGAUGGCGACAAUUAGCAACAUCGCACUGUAAACUACCGCUCGACCGCUCAUAUUUCACGAAGCUCGGACAUUAUUGAUAACGUAGGUAGUGACGUUUACACGUGCGCUGCGGUUAAAUGACAUUUGCUUUGAAAGUUUGAAACAUAACAUUUUUGUGAAGGAUAGUGUACGGUCGGCAAAAUGUAUAACAAGACGAGUGCGACGUUGAUGCUGCAGACGAUAAUGGUGUUGAUGGAUAAACAAAAUUCCACCGGUGUCACCAACUUCCCCGGCACUUUUACUGAUGAUGCGGAAUUGGAGCGUUGCUACGGCGCUUACGGGUGCUUCUCGAAGGCGUACCCAUGGACGGAAAACCGGCCAGAUAACUAUUUCCCAGUACCACCAGAAGCUAUGGCUGUCCGGUAUCCCGCGUUCACGAGGAGGAAUCGAAAGAUACCAGUGUUGUUUGAAACGGAUAAUAAAGAGAAAAUAGCAAAUGCUAAUCUGGAUCCUAGAGGACCUUUUUACUUUAUAUCUCAUGGAUUCUUGGAAGGGGGUCAUAAACUUUGGAUACAAAACAUGGCGGAUGCUCUUCUAAAUCUUCAAGGGAAUGAGGCAGCGACAGUGAUAGUCGUGGACUGGCGAGGCGGAUCACAACCUCCUUACGGUCAAGCUGUGGCUAACAUCAGGCUUAUUGGCGUCAUGACUGCUCAUCUUAUACAUAAUAUUUAUGAGGUGUUAGGUUUGCAACAUAUAGACAAUUUCCAUUUUAUUGGACACUCUUUGGGGGCACAUUUAGGCGGAUACUGCGGUCAUGCUUUACAAAAGAGAUUUUAUUUGAAAUUAGGAAGAAUAACCGGCUUAGACCCUGCAGCUCCCUACUUCACCAAAACUGUAACUUUAGUACGCCUCGACCGAUCCGAUGCUAAGUAUGUGGACAUCAUACACAGCAACGCAAUGCCUUUGUACUUCUCUGGUUUCGGUAUAACCGAGCCGAUAGGCCACGUGGAUUUUUACCCCAACGGUGGGUCGACGCAACCAGGUUGCAAGCAAGCCAGUUCCCCUAACGGAGGUUCCAAUGACCUGUCGUACCAACAAGUUGUGAAGUACGUCGGUUGUAACCACGAGAGGAGUUACGAGUACUUCAUAGAGAGCGUGGCGCCAUCUUGCCCUUUUAUGGCGGUUCAGUGCGAGUCUUAUGAUGCAUUCCUUGCUGGCAAUUGCACGAGUUGUGAUAAGCACCAUUAUUGCAUACCAAUGGGCUAUCAUUCGUACAACAUCUACAAACGGUUACAAAUGGGCGGUCUAGUCGACACCAACUCUAAUAUAGCUCUGUAUGCUCUCACCGGCAAUAAUAAGCCUUAUUGCAGAGUCCACUACGAAGUGGUGAUGAAAGUAGCGAACACAACAGCGAGCAUUACUCACGGCCCAGAGUCAGGAAAGCUGUCCAUUACAUUAGUUGACAGAAACAACAAUAAGAGUGACCACAUGUUCUUGGAUGAAGAACAAAAGUUCUACAAGCCCGGCACUAUUGAGACCAAGAUGGUAGCAGUAAAGGACACUGGCCAUCCCCCUAUAUUUGUGAUCGUCGAGUGGAAAUACGAAACGAAUCUCUUCAAUCCUAUGACUUGGAGGCUGUUGAAGAGUCCUAGUAUAUACGUCGAGUAUAUGAAGUUGUCGUCCAUUGAAUAUAAUACUGAUAUCACGGUAUGCCCGAAACGAAACAAGCCGGUCGUCGCUAACCUGCCUACGAUUAUGAAGCCAAAAUACUGUAAAUUUACAAAAUAAGUUAACCUUAUGAUUUUUAUGACAAAAGAAGAGAUUUCAUUGGACAGUUAACUUAUUUAUGACAAUGCAAAACGUUUACAAAAAGUAUUUUAAUAGUAUUUUAAAUAUUUACUUAAUCUGUUAAUUCUUUUAAUAUAUAAUUUAGAAAGUUUGUAUGGAUGUAUGAAUGUUUGUCACUCUUUCAUAUGAAAGCAACUGAAAGGAUUUGGAUGAAAUAUAGUUUAAAUCAGAAUAGCAUAGAGGCUUUAUAUCCGCGUGUGGUAAGUUCUAUUCUCGAAACGCAGCUGACAUCGCAUGCGGAUGCUAGUCUAAGAUAAAUAUAACAAUAACUUUAAAAUAUACUUAGGUACUAUGUAUAAAUUUAGGUAGAGGUAUUUACUAAUGUUAAUGUAAAUAAAUGUUAUACGCAAUUAUUAAA